CGUUGAGUAAUUGGAGCGUGACGCCAAAAACAUCUUCUAUAGCGAAAUAGCCAUUGCUUUGCUCUGUUGCUAUCUUCCCUCCCUCCACUGACAAAAACAAAGAUAUGAAGAAAAAUAGUCUCACUCACUUGGGAAGUGGGCACACAGAAACAGCUGCUGAAGAAGCUACCAAACCCUCCCAAUGCUGCAACACAAAACCAAGCAAACACCAAGGUUUUCUGCCAUUUUGAAAAGCUCCUUCUUUUUUUCUAGUUCAUAAACCCAACAUCAGCUAAUUAGUACUAACCAACCUGAGGUAUAUAGCCACCCCAGUUGGACACAGAGAUCAUUCUGGUGUUGUGGGUCAGGGGAUUUGAAAGGGAGACAACACAAUCAGCACUUUUACCAAAUAGAUAUACAAGAUGCAGACACCAAAAGCAAACAGAAUUGGAUCUUUGGAAGUUCCUCAAAGGAAAUCUCCAGCAACACCUCGAACUACUCAUCAACUCAAGACGCCUAGAUCGGAGCCUGAUUCGGUAUCCUCUCCUAAUGUGGCAACUAGGACGCCGAAAAACAGAAGCCCAAAAGUCAUUGAGCGCAGGUCACCACGAAGUCCAGUAGCUGAGCUUCAGAAGAAGCAACCAAAAAGAGUGUCAGAUUUGGAAUCACAACUUACUCAACUCCAAGAGGAUUUGAAGAGGACAAAGGACCAGUUGAACUCAUCCGAGUCACUGAAGAGGCGAUUCCAGCAGGAGGCUGAAGAAGCUAAGAAUCAGAUAAUGGCCAUGUCUGCAAAGCUUGAAGACUCCCAACAGCAACUGCAGGAACUUUCUACUUCUGAAGAUGCUCGUGUGCAAGAGCUUCGUAAACUUUCUCAGGAUCGGGAUAGAGCAUGGGAGUCUGAACUUGAGGCUGUCAAGAAGCAGCGUUCAAUGGAUUCCACUGCCUUGGCUUCUGCCAUAAAUGAAAUUCAGAAACUAAAGGGUCAGCUGGAAAGGGUGGCUGAGUCUGAAGCCACCCAAAGCAGGCAUGCAGAGUCAGCAUAUGCUGAGAUACAGAACUUGAGAAUGGAACUUUCCGAAACUCUUUCCCUCGUUGAGAAAUUGAAAACCGAGCUCAAUGAUUGCAAAGACUCUGAAGCCCGGGCCCUAGAAGUUAUACAAAACACUCAUAUGCAAUUGGAAGCCGCAAAUGCAACCAUAGAAAUGCUAAAAUCAGAUGGGAUCAAAGCCACUGAGUCUGGCAACUCGUUAUCACUGGAGUUGGAGCAAUCCAAAGCUCGAGUUAAAUCACUGGAGGGUCUUGUUAGCAAGCUUCAGGCAGAACUGAUUAAUAGGAACAAUGUAAAACCUGUUCAGGAAGAUGAAGAAAAUGAAGAAAGAAAACAGUUAAAAGCAGAGGUGAGUUCUUUGAAAUAUGAAGUGGGUCAAUUGAAAUCUGCAUUAGAAGCAGCUGAGGUCAGGUACCAGGAAGAAUACAUUCAGAGCACAUUGCAGAUUAGAAGUGCAUAUGAGGAAGUUGACAGUGCAAAAUCUGAAUCAUCCCAGAGGGAAGCUGAACUGACAGCAGAACUGAAGAAAACAAAGGCUCAUAUUGAAGAAUUGAGGGCACAGCUGAUGGAUAAGGAAACUGAAUUGCAGAGUUUAUCAGAGGCAAAUGACGGGGUGGCCUUGAAAAUUGAGAAAAAUGUAUCGACUGAAAAUGAAUCUGAACUUGCACUGGAGCUAAAGAAGUCAGAGGCUGCAGUGGUAGAGUUGAAGGCAAGUUUAUUGGAUAAGGAGACGGAAUUUCAGAAUAUAGCUGAGGAAAAUGAAAUGCUCAAGAUGAAACUUGAAAAUAAGGAAAUGGAAAGGAAUAAAGUUAAUGAUGAGGCUGUUGUUUGGACAGAAGCAGCAAGGGCUGCCGAGCACGAGGCUCUGAUGAAACUUGGAUAUUUAACGGAGGAAGCAGAUAAAAGUACCAGGAAAGCUGAACGGGUGACUGAGCAGCUGGAUGCGGCACAGAAUGCAAAUAUGGAAAUGGAGGCUGAGUUAAGGAGGUUAAAGGUGCAGUCAGAUCAGUGGAGGAAAGCCGCCGAGGCAGCUGCUGCCAUGCUUUCAACAGGAAACAAUGGGAAACUUGUGGAGAGAACAGGUUCUCUUGAUAGCUCCUACAACCCUCUGAGUUCACCUUAUUCAGAAGACCUGGACGAUGACUCACCGAAGAAGAAAAAUGGGAACAUGUUAAAGAAGAUUGGGGUGUUGUGGAAGAAGGGCCAAAAGUAGAUGGAAUUAUGUUGCAGGUUUGCUUGAUUCAGUAUGUUCUGUUAUUCUGUUGUUCUCUUAGUUUUUAUCUUGACAGGCAUUUUGAAGGAUGCUAGGCUGCUAGCACCUGAGUUUCAUAUGGCUAUGAAUAUGGAUAUGGAUAGACUCGAUCAAUGUUGUAUCUUAUUUUGAGUCUUUCCAUUUAUGUUAUAAAAGCAGUGGGGUAAUUAUGUAUGAAUCAGUGACAAAUAACAUGAAGAUUGAAAGAUACAUUUUAUUAUGCUAUUUGGGAUG